AUGAUCCUAGGAGUUAAGAUUUCAAUAGCUGUCAUCUGGUUUAAAGACAACUUGACUCCAGCCAAAGCUGAGGAGCUGCUGAAGGAACAGAAACAGGACGGAGCCUUCUUCAUCAUUAGGAGCCCGUCAACUCCAGGGGAUUUUGAGCUUGUUGUCAAGUUUGGAAACGGUGUCCAGUACUUUAAAAUCCUUCGUGACGGAGCAGGGAAGUAUUUCCUCUGGUUAAUUAAAUUUGACUCAUUUAACCAACUGGUGGAAUUUCACCACACCUCCUCGGUGUCCCGCAGCCAAAUAAUCUAUCUCCACGAUCCUGAGGAAAUCCAGAGUAUUCAAGUCAAGGCGCUGUUUGACUUCACGGCCAAAGAGGACGGCGAGCUGAGCUUCAAGAGGGGAGACAUCGUCCAGGUCCUGGAUCAGUCCGGUGCCGGCUGGUGGAAGGGAACGUGCAACGGAAAGACCGGCAUGUUUCCCAACAAUUACGUGACACCGAGUGCAGCCGAAAGCAGCCAGACCUGA